GUCAGGGAGGUGACCAAGAACCUGAUGGUCACUCUGACAGCUCUAGAGUUCCUCUGUGGAGAUGGGAGAACCUUCCAGAAGGACAACCUUCUCUGCAGCACUCUACCAAUCAGGCCUACAUGGUAGAAUGGUCAAGUCUCUGAAAGUCCUUGAGUAAGCCCAGCUAGAGCCCGAUCUAACAUCUCUGGAGAGACUUGAAAAUAGCUGUACCGCGAUGCUCCCCAUUGUUAGAGGAAUUCUAAAUUCCUAUAUGUUUUGUAGCCAAAACUAAAUUCACACUCUUAUCUAUUUCAUAAUAAGUUGUACGUUUAUCAUUUUGCAUGAAAUAGCAAGAGACCAGUCUUAAAAACAAGUUAAGCAUUUAUUCUUGAUGAAUACAAAGAACCUUACAUUUUAAAGAGACAACAUAAAAUGACAUCAUCAGCUUCUCACACCCUCUCCGAUCCACACAAUAGCGCAGUGUCUUCAGGUCUGGAGAUCUUCUACUCCCCUCAUAAAACAAACAUUCCAAUCUGUCUAAAAGACAUCUUCUCCUCCACUAAUGGAACAUCAAAUACCAUUCUUAUCUGUCAGAAAAGACAUCUCCUCCACUAAUGGAACAUCAAAGACCAUUCUUAUCUGUCAGAAAAGACAUCUUCUCCUCCACUAAUGGAACAUCAAAGACCAUUCUUAUCUGUCAGAAAAGAUAUACCAUCCCUCUCCCUUAAACCCGCAAGGUACAGACAAUUAAUUCAUUUGACUUACAUUUUCAGUAACAGCUUAACCAAGAACCCAUACAUUUCAUACCAUAACAUAAUAGUAUUAGAAUAAAUAGUUCUUAAAUAAAUGUAUACAUAAUUAAUCAUUUCAACUAUAAUUUCCUCCAACACCCAUCCAACCUGACAGCUUGAGAGGAUCUGUAGAGGAGAAUAGGAGAAACUCCCCAAAUACAGGUGUAAUCACUGCCAAAGACUGGAAUCACUGCCAAAGGUGCUUCAACAAAGUACUGAGUAAAGGGUCUGAAUAUUUAUGUAAAUGUGAUAUUUCAGUUUUUUUGUAUUUAUACGUUUGAAACAAUAUUUUUCUUUGUUAUUAUGGGGUAGAUUGAGUUUUUUUAUUUUUAUGGAUUUUUAAUUUAAGAAUAAGGCUGUAACGUAACAAAAUAUUAGUCAAGGGGUCUGAAUACUUUCCCGAAUGCACUGUGUAUAAUCUGUAUGGCAACUAGAACUGGCAGUGAUGUACAGUACCAGUCAAAAGUUUGGACAAACCUACUCAUUCAAGGGUUUUUAUUUUACAAUUAUUUACAUUGUAGAAAAGUAGUGACUAACUCACGAAGCUGGUUGAGAGAAUGCCGAGAGAAUGCCGAGAGAAUGCCGAGAGAAUGCCGAGAGAAUGCCGAGAGAAUGCCGAGAGAAUGCCAAGAGAAUGCAGAGAGAAUGCCGAGAGAAUGCAGAGAGAAUGCCGAGAGAAUGCCAAGAGUGUGCAAAGCUGCAUUAAGGCAAAGGGUAGCUAUUUGUAGAACCUCAAAUAUAAAAUGUAUUUAGAGAAAAAAAAUGUAUUUUGAUUUGUUUAACACUUUUUUGGUUACUACAUGAUUCCAUAUGUGUUAUUUCAUAGUGUUGAUGUCUUUACUAUUAUUCUACAAUGUAGAAAAUUGUUUUAAAUCCCUUGAAUUAGUAGGUUUGUCCAAACUUUUGACUGGUACUGUAUAUUGUAAAUAUAUAUAUAUAUAAUCUGUAUAUGAACAUCGUUCUGUUAUUGCCCCAGUUAGCAAGAGAGUGGCACUAACAACAUCAAGGUGGCGUGGUUCAGUUCCUGCAGGGAGCAAACACAUUACACUUUACAUUACAGUGAGUGCAUAUAUUGUUUUGUACAUCGCUUUGGAUCAAAGGUUCAGCCAAGUGGCGCAUAUUAUAUUUGGCAAUCGGAGAACUCUUAGCUCCAGUAAACACACCUACUGCACUGUACCACACAAUAAGACUGGAGUUGAUGUCAUUGUGAGUUACGUUCACAGCCCUAUUCUGUUAUUUUACCUCCGAUAGGUAUUUUGGUCAAUCAGAUCAACACUUUUGCCAAUAGUUGGGCUAAAGAUCAGAAUUGGGCUGCCUGUGUAAAUGCAGCCCAUGUCAGGAUAGGUCCCAUGGUGCUCUGCAUUGUGUUCAUACUGUAGUAAAUAUAAAUGAAGGCUACUGUCUGUUCUUGUCAGAAUCCUGAUCAAGUCAAAGUAGCCCAGGAGAACGGAGCAGCGUUUGUGGGAGGAGCCGACCUUGUGCAGAGAAUCUUGGAUGAUGAUGUGGACUUCUACGUAGUGGCACUAGAUAUCAUCUCCAAACUACUGCCUCUGAAGAACGAACUACACAAAGAAGUUCCCCAAGAACAAGAGAGGGUCGGUUUCAGAGUCGACAUUCCCAAGAUGCUGGAGUUGUCCCAGACUGGCCAUGAGUAUAUAGUGGAGAAGGAACGCUGUCAUCACUAGGGUAGGAACGGUAAGUCUGAAGGAACGCUGUCAUCACUAGGGUAGGAACGGUAAGUCUGAAGGAACGCUGUCAUCACUAGGGUAGGAACGGUAAGUCUGAAGGAACGCUGUCAUCACUACGGUAGGAACGGUAAGUCUGAAGGAAUGCUGUCAUCACUAGGGUAGGAACGGUAAGUCUGAAGGAACGCUGUCAUCACUAGGGUAGGAACGGUAAGUCUGAAGGAACGUUGUCAUCACUAGGGUAGGAACGGUAAGUCUGAAGGAACCCUGUCAUCACUAGGGUAGGAACGGUAAGUCUGAAGGAAUGCUGUCAUCACUAGGGUAGGAACGGUAAGUAUGAAGGAACACUGUCAUCACUAGGGUAGCAACCGUAAGUAUGAAGGAACGCUGUCAUCACUAGGGUAGGAACGGUAAGUCUGAAGGAACGCUGUCAUCACUAGGGUAGGAACGGUAAGUCUGAAGGAACGCUGUCAUCACUAGGGUACUAACGGUAAGUCUGAAGGCAUUACGGAACAACCUACAGUAUAAUCACCACAACGUUAAAGCAUACUUGUAAUCCUCACAAAUGUCUGUCAGAUUAUCCAACGUUAAGAGAAUUAAUCCAAGGUUAAGAUAAUUAAUCCAAGGUUAAGAUAAUGAAUCAAAGGUUAAGAGAAUUAAUCCAAGGUUAAGAGAAUUAAUCCAAGUUUAAGAGAAUUAAUCAAAGGUUAAGAGAAUUAAUCCAAGGUUAAGAUAAUUAAUCCAAGGUUAAGAGAAUUAAUCCAAGGUUAAGAGAAUUAAUCAAAGGUUAAGAGAAUUAAUCCAAGGUUAAGAUAAUGAAUCCAAGGUUAAGAGAAGGCCAAGAGUGAGCAAAGCGGCCAUCAAGGCAAAAGGUGGCUAUUUGAAGAAUCUGAAAUAUUUAUUAUCCAAGUACCGCCCAGCGCAUCGUUGUUCGUAACAUGACAUGUACCUACACUAGAGUAACUACGGUGUAAUUUAUUAAUGAACUGAUGGUAGCAAUAGAACAUAGUUGUAGGAGCCAUUUUGGCCUGUUUUAUGAGUUGUGGAAAUGUCAAGGGUUAUUUAUUUACUUAUUUUGUACACUAGAGGGCACUAUAUGUUGGGUCAUGGGUCACUGUACGUAUGUGCGUAUGUGUGUGUGUAGUUGUUACCUUAUCACAGAUACAGCUGAUAGAAUGCAUCUCUCUGCACCUUUUUCUACAGGAAUAUGUGUUUUGGAGCUAUUUUUAUAUGCGCAAUAAAUGGGAACUUCACUCAA